AUGAUUAAACAAGAAAAGCCAUUAUUAUGGCCAUGUUUUUGUUUCAAGUCUAGUAUGACAAGUUUUCAAACACCACUUCAUGCUGCUGUUAAAAAUUGUAAUAUUGAUUGGACACGAAAAUUACUAAUAUGUGGUGCCUGUGUAAACGUAGUUGAUCAUUAUGGUAAAAAUGUUCUUCAUUAUGCCAUUGAAUUGUACGAUCAGCUUGAUAUUAUACGAUUAAUCUUAAAAACUAAUAUUGAUAUAAAUGCUAGAGAUAAAGUUCAACUGCGGACUCCAUUACACUAUGCAGUAGAAAAUAAUCAAUUAAUUAUUGUACAAUUACUCUUAAAAGCUGGUGCUAGUGUCGAUAUUGUAGAUAAUAAGUACGGAGCACCGAUACAGUUAGCUGCUCGAAACGGAUAUAUUGAUUUAUUUAAACUGUUACUAGAUGCCGAUAGUCAAAAUACUGUAAGAAGUGCUCAAUUUUAUCCAGCUACACAUUUAGCAGCAAUGAAUGGUUUUUAUGAACUGUAUUGGAUAAUGUUUAAUAAAUAUAAUAUUAGUGUUAAUCUACGUGAUCAAGCAUAUUCUACUGUACUCCAUUAUGUAGCAAAGCGAGGAGAUCUUGAGGAAGUGAAACGCUUAGUAUUAGGUGGCGCAAAUGUAAAUCUACUAGAUAAUCGCAGUUGGAAUGCUUUACAAUAUGCUGUACGCUUUGAUUUUACUUCCGUCGCAGUCUAUUUGAUAGAAAACGGUACUGUUGAGAAUAGACGAUGUUGUCAACAUGAACUGCCAUUAUACCUUGGUGCAUUACAUCUACAUACAGAAACAUUGAAAGCAUUAAUCUCUGUUUACAGACUUACCGAUGUACAGUUGUUAUGGGAUAUUGUUCUUCGUUCAUCAAUUAUUCAUAAAGAUAGAGAGAAAAUUAUUUAUGCCUUAGAAAUGGGGGCAAGAUUAGAUUCAUUUAGUACACAAAUAGAAACAUUAUUAACAAGUCCAGGUUUAACGGCAAUGCAUUUAGCUGUGGAAAAAUCAUCAAUAGAUAUAAUUAUUCUUUUAUUACAACAACCGCAAGCAAAUGUAAAUAUGUUGGAUCAAACAGGUCGUACGCUUUUACAUCACUGUGCCAUUUAUAAUCGAGAGGAUAUAUUAAAUCUUUUAGUAGAUCAUUAUCAUGCUGAUAUAAAUGCUCUAACAAACAAAAAUGAAAACGCAUUUUUUCUUGCCUUAUCUUCUCGUAACUUUGAUUUCGCUAAAAGUCUUCUAAAUAGAGGAUCAAAAAUAGACUUUAAUCAAAUAUAUGGAGCAAAUAAAACACUGUUGGAACAUGCAAUAGUUUUAAAAGCAAUUUAUUUUGUUCAAUUAUUUUUAAAGAUGGAUGCCAAUCCAAAUCUGUCUUAUAACAUCGAUAAUUCUCCCAUGCGUUUAGCUAUUGAUGCUGGAUCAGUUGAAAUUAUUCACAGUCUUAUUGAUAAUGGUGCAGAUAUCAAUGAAGUAUUUAAAUUUCAUGAACCAGAUAAAGGUCCACGUUGGCAAUCAAACGAUCCUUUUCGAGUACGUUACCAUGAGUGGAGAAUAUUUAGUUUUGUUGCUUUUAAAUGUAAAUCAAAAAUUAUGAAAUAUUUGAUUGAAGAACAUACGACAGUUAACCCAUCUUGGCAAACAGAUAUAACAAUUAUUGAUGCAUUAGCUAAAGGCAUAUUAUUGAAUCAAUUUGAAAAUUUAGUAGCUAUACUUGAAACAUUAGUUGUAUUGUUAAAAGCUGGUUAUAAGAUUAAUAUUCAAGAGAAAUUAACUGGUAAAACUCUUGUUCAUAUCCUAUAUGAAAAUAUAAUAACUUGCAUGAAAACUAAAGCAUCAGCAAUUGAUCUUAUUCUAACAUUAAGUGAUUUCAACGCAAAUUUCAACACAAGAGAUUCUUUUCAUCGAACUGCACUGCAUAUAAUUGCAUCGACUAAUCAUCACCAUCUUUAUCAAAUUCUUCUUCAGCUUGGAGCAGUUAAAAGCUCAAUAGAUAUUGACGGACAUACGUCUGAAGAUAUUGCAAUGUUGCAUGCCGGGAUCAGAGGAGUAUCAAUACUCAGGUGA